AUGGACUAUCGUCCACGAUAUCCACAGCCUUUCACAUUACAGGAGGCCAUAGCGUUGGAUGUCCCGGUGAUCACGGAAGAGAUAGCUCGCCUCCAGAAUUCGCUGCAGCACCUGAGGAGAACCCAAAACGAGUUGCAAGCAGCCUCAGACGCAGCUCCAGAUCCUGAGUUUACCAAGGCAAUCGAGGAGAAUGACCUCGUCAUUGGUUCGCAGGAGGAAAGGAUCAGCAUUCUCAAAAUGGCGUUGACUGAGAAGGGCAUUCUCAUGGGCAGUCAUUACGAUCUCAAUCCGACGCAACAACCCACGGGUAGAGGCGACGCGUCUCACAGUGCCGCCCAGCAGGUGGAGACAACGUCAAUCUCAUCAACUCAACCAGCAGCCACAAGCAACCACCAGCCUGUCGAGGAGGCCGAAGAUGGUGUUUUCCUGUGA